CUUCCGGCGCCCGUCACGGCGGCCUGACGGCGCGCACGGAGAGCGGGAGAGGAGGGCUCCGCGCUUCCGGUGUGAGCGCGUGUGGCUUCGCGUGUCGAGCCGUGUCCGCGGCCUCGGAGGGGCGUCCUUGUCACUACCUCUCCCGAGGGGCCCGACAGCUGGGAGACGCUCCCUCCCAUUGCUCACCCCGCUGCUGCCCUGACGUCCGUUACCCCAAUCUCGUGGGUUGACUGUCCCCCGUCACGGGUGACAUCAAGCCUCUCCAAGUGUCAAAGGACCUCUUGAGAAGGAGCAUAGAGUUUUUUUUUUUUUAAUUUAUUUAAAGUCUUUGUUCACAAAAUUCAUGAUGCUGUCAUUAGGCCUUCACACCUCCCAUCUGCCGGGGUCCCCCAACCUUUGCACUUGGGUCGGUAGUGGCAGUUACCAAGGCAUCCGGGGGCCUGCCACAGUUCGGUGACGAGUAUGAUUUUUACAGAAGUUUCCCUGCCUUCCAGGCAUUCUGUGAGACACAAGGAGACAGGUUACUGCAGUGCAUGAGUCGGGUAAUGCAGUACCAUGGCUGUCGCAGCAACAUCAAAGACCGAAGUAAAGUGACUGAAUUGGAGGACAAGUUUGAUUUAUUAGUCGAUACCAAUGACGUGAUAUUGGAGAGAGUGGGCAUGUUACUGGAUGAAGCCUCCGGUGUGAACAAGCAUCAGCAGCCUGUCCUUCCUGCAGGGCUGCAGGUCCCCAAAACAAUAGUAUCCAGCUGGAAUCGGAAGGCAGGAGAGUAUGGCAAAAAGGCAAAAUCGGAGACUUUCCGACUGCUGCAUGCAAAAAACAUCGUGCGACCUCAGCUCAGGUUUCGAGAGAAGAUCGACAAUUCUAACACACCAUUUCUCCCGAAGAUCUUUGUCAAACCCAAUGCCCGGAAGCCACUCCCUCUGGCUCUCUCAAAAGAAAGGCGGGAACGCCCGCAGGACCGUCCGGAGGACCUGGAUGUCCCCCCAGCCCUGGCAGAUUUCAUCCAUCAGCAGCGAACCCAGCAGGUGGAGCAGGACAUGUUUGCACACCCUUACCAGUAUGAACUGGAUCACUUUACUCCGCCUCAGUCGGUGCUGCAGAGGCCGAAGCCCCAGUUGUACCGAGCUGUGGGAGAGACUCCCUGCCACUUGGUGUCGUCCCUGGAUGAGCUGGUGGAGCUCAACGAGAAGCUCCUGGGCUGUCAGGAGUUUGCCGUGGACUUAGAGCAUCACUCUUACAGAAGCUUCCUAGGACUCACCUGCCUCAUGCAGAUCUCCACCCGGACAGAAGACUUCAUUGUCGACACCCUCGAGCUUCGCAGUGACAUGUACAUUCUCAACGAGAGCCUCACGGACCCAGCCAUCGUUAAGGUCUUCCAUGGUGCCGACUCUGACAUUGAGUGGCUGCAGAAAGACUUCGGACUCUAUGUGGUGAACAUGUUUGACACACACCAGGCAGCACGGCUUCUCAACCUGGCUCGGCACUCACUCGACCAUCUGCUGAGACUCUACUGCGGUGUGGAAUCAAACAAGCAAUAUCAGCUGGCAGACUGGAGGAUACGUCCUCUGCCAGAGGAAAUGCUGAGCUACGCCCGGGAUGACACCCAUUACCUGCUCUACAUCUAUGACCGAAUGAGGCUGGAACUGUGGGAAAGAGGCAACCACCAGCCUGUCCAGUUGCAGGUGGUUUGGCAGCGGAGCAGGGACAUCUGCCUCAAGAAAUUUGUCAAGCCUAUCUUUACGGACGAGUCCUACCUGGAGCUCUAUCGAAAGCAAAAGAAGCACCUGAACUCGCAGCAGCUGACCGCCUUCCAGCUGCUGUUUGCUUGGAGGGAUAAGACAGCUCGCAGGGAGGAUGAGAGCUACGGAUAUGUUCUACCAAAUCACAUGAUGCUAAAGAUAGCUGAGGAACUGCCUAAGGAGCCUCAAGGCAUCAUAGCUUGCUGUAACCCAGUACCACCUCUUGUCCGGCAGCAGAUCAAUGAGAUGCAUCUCCUAAUCCAGCAGGCUCGAGAGAUGCCCCUGCUCAAGUCUGAAAAUGCAGCUGGAGUGAGGAAGAGCGGACCACUGCCUAGCGCCGAGAGAUUGGAGAAUGAUCUCUUUGGACCCCAUGACUGUUCCCACGCCCCUCCAGAUAACUACCAGAACACCUCAACUGAUGGGACCCUGCCACUUCAGAAGCAGCCAAGCCUAUUCACUGAGGGCAAAGAAGAGACCUCUGUGGAUGCCGGAUGCCUCCUUGCCACAGCCGUCAUCACUCUGUUCAGUGAACCUAACACUGAGGAAGGUGGAAAGACUCCAUUGACGGUGGCCCAGAAAAAAGCCCAGAACAUAAUGCAGUCCUUUGAAAACCCAUUUCGGAUGUUCCUGCCUUCUCUGGAACACAAGGCCCACAUCUCUCAAGCAGCAAAGUUUGAUCCUUCUUCGAAAAUCUAUGAAAUCAGCAACCGCUGGAAGCUGGCCAGCCAGGUCCAGGUCCAGAAAGAACCUAAAGAAGCAACCAAGAAGAAGGUAGCUGAGCAAACAGCUGCCCGGGAGGAGGCGAAGGAGGAGGCUGCAGCCGGUGUGCUGGAACAGGCUAUCCCUGUGCGGCAGCAGGCCGCGCUAGAAAAUGCUACUAAGAAGAGAGAACGAGCCACCAGUGACCUGAGGACUAUAGAGCAAAAACAGGAGAAGAAACGACUAAAAAGCUCCAAGAAAGCCAAGGACCCUGAUCCCCCAGGGAAAGACUUCAGUCCCUAUGACUACAGCCAGUCAGACUUCAGGGCCUUUGCUGGGGACAGUAAAUCCAAGCCUUCCUCCCAGUUCGACCCCAAUAAGCUGGCACCUUCCGGCAAGGUAAGGCUGCAGAGGGCGCCCACAGCUUGGACUGUUCCCACCUGGGGCUUAGCACCUGUUUCCCCACCUCAUUCCUUCUCGAGCACAGACGCUGCUGCCAAUUGUCCCCACAGCAAGUUUUAUGAAUUUACUAAUGUGUGAGAGUGCGAAAAGCCAGAGAACAGUAUGGGCUUUCUGGCCUCCCACCACGGGCUCAGGGACCCAACACAGGUCACUGCGCUUGUCUACUGAGCCAUCCUGCUGGCCCCUGUGUCUGCAGUGUAAGAACAGGCAGGGAACACUAUAGUACAGGCAUAGCCCAGGCUGACGUAGAACUCAGUCCUCUUGCUUCUACCAUUUAAGUGUGGAGGUUACAAGUGUGUGCCACUAUGACUGGCCUGGCCUGGCCUUGAACAGGGUGUCUUCCAGUCAGCCUGGGCCUGAAGUGCUGCCCUACACAGUGAAGGGGCUAUGUGUAUACAGUCCUUGGCUGCUCAGGACUGUGCAGAGCCCCUCCUGUUCCUGUCACAGCCGGCACACAGGGGCUGUGGAGAGUUGACGUUGGGGCUGGUAGUUGACGUUGGCAUCAGCCAA